GAAUCCUUUUCCUCUCUUUCUGUGCACUUCUCUAUUCGGUUACAGUGGUAACCUGCGCGUGGUAUUCUAUCAUGCACGCAAAGCAGAGACAAAAGUAAAGAAGAAGAAGAAGAAGAAGCAGCAGGGAAGCUAAAUCGGGAGUGGCGCAUUGCAGCAGUCCGAUUACAUCGGUGUCAUCUCUUCUUCCGAAUCGAUGGCUGCACCACCGGCUAGGGCCAGAGCCGAUUACGAUUAUCUCAUAAAGCUUCUUUUGAUUGGAGAUAGCGGUGUGGGUAAAAGUUGCCUCCUCCUACGUUUCUCCGAUGGCUCCUUCACCACUAGCUUCAUUACCACCAUUGGCAUUGACUUUAAGAUACGAACCAUUGAGCUUGAUGACAAACGUAUCAAGCUCCAGAUUUGGGACACUGCUGGUCAAGAACGCUUCCGCACCAUCACUACUGCUUAUUACCGUGGGGCAAUGGGCAUUUUGCUAGUGUAUGAUGUCACUGAUGAGUCCUCCUUCAACAACAUAAGGAACUGGAUUCGGAAUAUCGAACAGCACGCUUCAGAUAAUGUUAACAAGAUCUUGGUUGGGAACAAGGCUGACAUGGACGAAAGCAAGAGGGCUGUACCUACUGCCAAAGGUCAGGCUCUUGCUGAUGAGUACGGAAUUAAGUUCUUCGAAACUGUAAGUUGUAUGUAUAUUUGCCUUGUUGAAGUUUUCUUCUCCAUAGGGAGAAACAUAAAACAGAGGCUUUCGGACACUGACUCCAGGGCUGAGCCUGCGACGAUCAAGAUAAGCCAAACAGACCAGGCAGCUGGAUCCGGGCAAGCCACACAGAAGUCUGCAUGUUGUGGAAGUUAAUAAAGUUUUGAAAUUGAAUUGAAAACAAAAAGAACUGAAGAUGUCGUGCUUGUGUAGUUUUCGUUUUUAUCCCAACAUUACAGGUUCGUUCUUAAUUGCCUUUCCCUAUUUGUACGAAGGUUUAAUCGAAACUAGUAUUCUUCUUUA